AAUCAAGUUACAUCGUAGCCUUAGAUGACUAAAUCAGUUCAUAAUUAAAGAAAAAGAAAUCAACAAUCUCAUAAUGAAUAUAUAAGUAUCCAACAUCAUAAAAUAAAAUUCAAGGACAAACAAAAUCAGUUUGGGGUAUAAAAUUUCAAGCCUCGAUCUUCUUUUGUUGUUAAAUUCCUCUUAGUUGUCUCUCUUGGUCUCCUCUCCAAAAACCCCAAAACUGAUUUUUGAAUAGGCACAAGGGUGACGCCUAUUUCAAGCAUUGUUGCUGUAUUGCAUUUCCUCUUCCUCGAUGUUUACUGCAAUGAGAUCCAGCAAAAUCGGAGUUGCAAUAGGUGAGGAAGGCCUGCUGAAACUGGUGCAUCCAGGCAGGUUUGUGGAGAUUCAUAAGAGGCCUAUUGUUGCUGCAGAAGUGAUGAGGAAGAACCCAAGAUACUGCAUUGCACGGCCAUAUGUUUUUGAUAAUCCGUGGAUAGUGGGGUUACCACUGCCUCAAGCUUACUCAUCAGAAAGGGAAUGCUACCAUCAGCAAUCCAACCGUGAGAGAUUCUACAGACAAUACCAGGAUGAGUCUCUUGUUGAGGUGAUAACUAGGCAUGAACACACCUAUCAAGAGUUUAGAAAGAAAUCACUUAGAGAUUCAACGGUUGCCAUCAGUUCUCCACAUAAAGAUUGUAAUUCUAUCAAAGCAGUAUCUACUAGAGUAGAAGAACAUAAUGUCCUAGUGAAUAAGUGUAGAAAUGAGGCUACUAGGUUGAAAUCUUGCUUGAGAAAACAUGACUGUGCCCGAAGGUUGCUUUAUCUCAGGGUUUCAUUCUCUUUGCCAGUGCAGGAUGAGGAAUGACAAAGGAUCAAAAUGGAACCCAGAACAGAAAGUCUAGUAUUUUUCACUUGUUGAGUGUUGUAUAACCAUGGAUAUUCUUGUAAUGCUUUAGAUUUCGGAGGUCGAACAUUGUUUGAUGUCUUCGGACAUUGUUCAAUGUUUCCCGAUUUUGUCUCUGUGAAGAUUGUUUAAUACUAAGAUAUAACCCAGUCAACAAUCCGCAAAGAAUCAAAAGAUAGAGAUGAG